ACAGCAGAGACAAUGGCUUCAGGUGAAGGAAGUAUUGGAUCCUCAACUAGAUUACUGCGUGGACCAGGACAUGAAGCUGGAGCAAUAGAGGGUGUACAAACACAAACUCCCAGCUCCUCUGAAAUUAGGAUUGUGCUGGUGGGGAAAACUGGAACUGGGAAGAGUGCCACAGGGAACACCAUCCUGGGAAGCAAGGAGUUUGUGUCGACAGUCCACUCCAAAUCAGAAACCAAGGAAUGUCUUAAGAGAAAAGUACAAUUUGAUGGGAGAUGCGUUGCUGUGGUUGACACACCAGGCUUGUAUGAUACAGGGAGAUCUAAUGAGGAAGUUAUACCUAAGAUUGCAAAAUGCAUUUCUCUGUCCUCACCGGGACCCCACGCUUUCCUCCUGGUGCUGCAGCUGGGCCGAUUCACAGAGGAAGAGAAGAGAACAGUGAAGCUAAUCCAGCAGGUUUUUGGUGAGGGAGCUGAAAAAUACAUAAUGGUCCUUUUUACCCGCGUGGACGAUCUGGAGGAAGGGGAGACGAUUGAGCAAUAUGUUAAAGAAGCUGAAGAUGAUCUCAAGAAACUGCUCAAGCAAUGUGGAAACUGGUAUCAUGCCUUCAACAACAAAGAAAAGAAGGAUCGCACUCAGGUCACAAAGCUCAUAGAGAAAAUAGAGGCCAUGGUGACAGCAAACAACAACACCUACUACACCACUGAGAUGUACCAGCAAGCAGAGGCAGCGAUACAAAAAAGAGUAGAAGAGAUCAUGAAGGAGAAGAAAGAGGAAAUAGACCUGGAGAUAGAGAAGCUGAAGGCAAAGUACCAGCACAAGCUUCAAGAGAAAAUGAGGCAGAUAGAAGAGGAAAUCCAAGAAGAAGAGACAGAAAUGAGAAAGAGAGCAUUCAUCUUAGAGUGUGAGGAAAGACAACAGAGAGAGGGGGCAUUUUUAUUGGCACGACACAGGGAAGAUGCAAGACAGGAAGCAGAAAACUCCAAUAGUUUCAUAAAGCAAUACAUAAAGUGCUUUACAGUAGUGGGAAAAGGUGCAGUAAUGGGAGCAGCAAUAGGAUGCGUAGGAGGCCCAGCCGGGGCGGCAGUAGGGGCAAUAGCGGGCUCAUUAACAGCAGUGGCAGGUGCUUUAACAGCAACAGGAAUAUUUGGGGAAGAAGCUGCUGAGGCAGUGAGAGAACACUGUUCUACACAGUGAGGUCCAGUGGACCAGCCGCAGACAGUACCAAACAACACACACACACACAGACACACACAGAGCACACACACACAACACUUUUCAAUAGAAAUGCACAUGCAGGUCAAACGGGUUUAAGGAUAUUUUCUUUAAGAACUAUAGCCUGACAUGUUGGAAAAACACAACAAGUAGAGAAAAUCAGUUUAGAAUCAAUAGUGUGUUUCUAUAGAGCAGGGAUGUCCAAUCAACUGGUCCUGGAGGGCCAUAAUUCCACUCCAGGUUUUACAGGUACAAUGAGAUCAUGAACUACUGCAGGGUCUGGAUGGAGGUUUAAUUGGUUCAACUGAACAAUUUAGAACAGGGCUGGAACAAAGACCAGGACUGGAAUUAUCAGCUUUGGCCACCCCGCUAUAGCGCAUGUAUUAGGAAUGUAUUGAUACACAGUGUAGUGGUUUUUAAAUAUUUUUUAUGCAUGCUUUUGUAACAAUUCAGAUUAUUAAAUGUUAAAUUCUGUUAUAGUCGAUGGUGUUGCUCAGGUACUGCUGUUAAAAUCUAUUCUAAUAAAAGGUAUGUUUUGAAAUCC